AUGUUCAUCAUCGAUUCAACUUAUUUCAACACUCAAGAUUCGAUUUAUGAACACCGUGACAGCAAUGAGAAUUAUUUUGCAAGAAACCGAUCCAUCAUCACACAUUCCCAUAUUCCCAUUCUUGAAGCUUCCCGUCUUUCUCAAUACAAUGCAGAUGAUCAGCAAAUUAUUGCACACAAUAACAUGCUCGUUCGACAACCAUGUCAUCAUAUGUUGGAUGACGAAGAAUGUGUCCUCUUCCUAGCUCCCAAAAACAUUCUGGGAUUUUGGUUGGUGAAAGAUUAUACCAUGGUCAUCAUUCAUCUUGGGAAUGAAAUUACACUUCUCGAUUUGAGAACGAAUUUAGAAAUAUCAGCUCAAGGUCUUGAUCGUUUCAAUUCCUACCUUAACGAUCUCUCUUCAAAAGAAGUAGAUGUAUAUUUUGAUAAAAUCACUCAACAACUUGUGAUAGCAACCAUGGACAAAGAAGAAGAGCCACCACCAUCCAUCACAUCUCUUCAACUACAUCCUCCACGGAUUCAUUGCUGCUUUUCAUUACAAAUUCUAGAAAAGAAUGCAUUCCAAGACCUCUCAGUUCGGAAAUAUGCCAACAAAUCGAAUACCUCGGUGGGCAAUUACCUGAACAUAUCUAUACCGAGUUGCAUUAUGGACAACAAACCGUACUCUCGAGAGCCUUAA